AUGUUGGCUGCUCCCGCCAGCCAAAUACGCUCGGCUUUUGUCAUGGAAAACUCUGCCUAUGUUCCCAACCCAUUGCCACCCCCAGCACUGGUAGUAUUUUCUCAGGCAGGUGGGCUGCCUGAGGCCCUUAGAAUGCAGAGACCCUUCAACCCACAGGCCACAGAAGCUAAAGAUUUACACACUCCAUUUUCUGCCGGGGGUUUUGGCCUUCGGCAUAUGGACAGUUAUCCCAGCCUACCUGCACAUUUAUUACACCAUCUUCAGUCUCCUUUCUUGCAUCCUGCCCUUGAUCCUAGAAUUCCAUUUGGUUCUGGUGCAUUUCGUCCUCUGGGUACCUCUUCUACAUCAGAAGUUAAAGGUUUCCCAUCUGCCUUUGCACCACCAUCUAAGUGUCUGAAGAUUGAAACAGGUGGUUCAAAUCUUCACGACACAUCUCCUACACCGACAAACCAUUUGUCAACCUUAUUUUCACCUGGGGUAGUAGAGGAACGGGCAUAUUUGAAUGGUCAAACUUCUCAACCUUCUCAACAUCAGCGUGCCGAUUCCAGUUCCCCUGCAAGUGUAUCAGUUUCACCUCCUCUUCUCCCGCCUGUUGUUAAGGAGGAAAGUUCAGACGCUCCAAUGUCAGAAGAUCGUGAAGGCACUGCAACACCUGGGUCAGAGGGAACAGAACGGUCAACGCCAGAGGAAGGCCGAGGAUUCAGACUGUUCUGCCCCCAAGCUGUUGAGAGACAGGGUGCUGCUGCUGCCUUGAGAAGAAAGAUAGUGUGUUCUUGGUCAGGAGCGCGGCAGCCUAGAGCCCCAGGGCUUGUGGCUGUAAACACUGGCUGCUUAGCUCAGCCAUCAUGCCAGGAGAAACGCUGCCAACACUGUUCAUGGCGAGAUGCAUGUGUCUUGAAGAGAUAUUAUUAG